AUGUCUUUGAACAUCACUAACAAGCUCUCCCUGCGAAGUUUAUCUUCGGGGCCGGCGCGAAAUUGCUGUAGAGUCACAGCUGUAGCCCAGAGGAGACCAUUGGUUUUCAAAUCAUUUUGGAGCAGAUCACCCAAGGUUGCAGAGCAAGCCGAAUGGAGCCCCACUACCACUGGUCCGACACGUCCGACAAAGCAAGAGGCCAAACAGCUGCAAGAACAGGAACUGAAACAGGCAAAACAGCAGGAGGCUUUAUCAUGUGAAGGUUCAAAUAUUGGCCAACUGGAUGGAAGCCCAGCAAAAUGCAUCGCAGUCAACAUCGACGGGGUUCCCAGGAUCUUUGACACGGUGUUCCUCCGCGACAGCUGCCCGUGUCCGAAAUGUAGGGACCCGGACAGCAAACAGAAAGUCUUCCAGACUUCAGACGUCCCAGAAGAUUUAGAAGGAAGCUAUAAGAUGGUAGUCGAUCAAGAGAAAGGCCCUUCCAUUGAGUUGGAGUGGAAAAACGACGUGAAAGGAUACGGAUCAGAACACCGCACACGACAUUCCAUUGACUGGCUACGGAGAGCACUAAACACAGAGGUGGAGCUCAGAGGCGGUGUACGGCACGACGAAAGAGUUCUCUGGGACCGUGAAAAGAUCACCAAGGACAACAAAUGGGUUGAUUACAAGGAAUACAUGUCUCAGGACGACACUCUCUUCGACGCGCUCACCCACCUCAAUCGAUACGGCCUCCUCUUCAUCAAGAACGUCCCCGACUCUCAAGAAUCUGUAGUCGACCUCGCCAGCCGCAUUGGCACGCUAAAAGACACAUUCUACGGCCGCACCUGGGACGUCCGCUCCAAACCGAAGGCCGAAAACAUCGCUUAUACACCCCAAUUCCUCGGCCUCCACAUGGACCUCCUUUACACCACUAAUCCACCACAUCUUCAACUAUUGCACUCUCUCCGCGCCCGGACACCAGGCGGCGAAUCAUUCUUUAGUGACUCCUAUCACGCAGCCCAUCAGUUACAACGGCUGGCUGCCUCCCACUUCCGAACCCUCUGCACCUUCCCCACGUCCUUGCGUUCGUUUAUCGCAGCUUCGCAUGCGUAUGAGAAACUUCUGAGUGCAGAAGAGAGCUUGUACGAGUACAGGCUCAACGAAGGGGAAUGCGUCAUAUUUGACAAUAGGAGGGUACUGCAUGCCAGGAGAGCGUUUGAUGCUACGAAAGGAGAACGGUGGUUGAAGGGCGCGUAUGUGGAUGACGAUGUUUUCUUCUCGAAAUUGAGGGUGCUGGAAGAGAAGUAUGAAGGAAAGUGGCUUGCUGAGGGCGUCGUUAGACAUGCUUUGAAGUAA